CGAUUAAGUUACUAUGUAUGUAGAGACCGUAACUAAAGAACAUUUUCCAAAUAAGAUAUAUUUAAAUGUGAUUUUUUAUGUUCAAGAUUAUCAAAAUCAAUGUACUCUAUAUGAUUAAAUUUGUUUUUUAUGAACUGUAUUACUAUGUUAAUGAAAAUAUUAUCUUAUUAAAAAAAUGUUAAUCUUGAAAUCCAGUAAAAUAAUAAGUAUGAAAAAUAAUGUGCAUAUCGUAAUAUUUGCCCCUUUGAAACAGUUUUUCCUCUGGUAGGUUUUCGUAUCAUUAAAAAUAGUAGAGAUGUUCUAUAAAAUAAUAUGGUUACAUGAAAUACCAUGUAUUUAUAUGUAUAUUAUACAGUUAUAUGUAAUUUUUUCAUAAAAUUUCUUUAUUUUUUGCGGAUAAAGAAUGGACGAUAUAUUGUUCCAAAUUGUUCCAAUCGCGUGCGCGAUUCAAAACCGGCCGGAACGUAGGAGUGAGGUUCGGAUUGCGUUGUCCGCGUUAUGCUUAUGCUGUGUGGUAUGCACGACCUUGCCUGCAACGCUUGUUGUUGAUGGGAUUAUUGCAAGAUGCAGCGUGGCAUACUUCGCGCGACGAGUCUCCAGCUGUUGCAGAGGCGGUUCUUCAAAAAGUAUCACGUGAGGGUUAGAUUCGCGCCCAGCCCCACUGGUGACUUACACUUGGGAGGAUUGCGUACAGCUGUAUACAAUUAUUUAUUCGCACGUAGCAACAAUGGCACAUUUAUUUUGAGGAUCGAGGACACCGAUCGGACAAGGACGGUGCCUGGGGCGAUAGAAAAACUUCAGGAUGAUUUGCUGUGGGCAGGAAUUAUAUCCGACGAAAAUCCUACCAGAGGUGGCCCCGUUGGCCCUUAUGUGCAAUCAUCAAGACUUGAAUUGUACAAGGAACAGGUAUUUAAACUCUUGAACAAUGGAUCUGCGUAUUAUUGCUUUUGUACAGAAAAGAGGCUGGAAUUGCUGAGGAAAGAAGCGAUAAAAUGUGGACAGGUACCUAAAUACGAUAACAGGUGUCGGCAUUUUACCAGGGAUGAAGUAAAUCAAAUGUUAAAAAAAAACACAACCUAUUGUAUUAGAUUUAAGUUAUCGUCUACACCAGAAGCCUUUCACGAUAUAGUUUACGGAGACGUGUUGCAUGAUAUAACUAAAUCUGAAGGGGAUCCAAUUAUUAUAAAAUCAGAUGGUUACCCUACUUACCAUUUUGCAAAUGUAGUUGAUGAUCAUUUUAUGGAGAUAUCUCAUGUCUUACGGGGUAUUGAAUGGCAGGUUUCUACACCUAAACAUAUUAUGCUUUAUAAAGCGUUUGGCUGGGAUCCUCCUGUAUAUGGGCACUUGCCUCUAAUACUGAACGCAGAUGGAUCAAAGUUGUCGAAAAGACAAGGUGACAUAAAAAUUGAGUCAUUUAGAAAACAAGGUAUUUUUCCACUAGCAUUGUUGAAUUAUGUAAUAGGGGCUGGUGGUGGUUUUCAUAAACAGCUGGAGAACCAAAAUCUUUACAGCUAUUCAGAAUUAAUUAAACAGUUUGAUGUUAACAAAAUAAAAUUAAGCUCUGGUAAACUUAUGCCAGAAAAAUUAAUGGAAUUUAACAAAUUGGAAAUUGCAAACUUGUUGCAAGAUAAAGAGAACCAUAAAUUUUUUAUUGAGAGAAUUAAAAAAUUAGUGUUGGAAGCAUUUCCUGAAUGGAAAAAUGAUGGAAAUUUACAGUUGGAUGAUGAUCACAUAAUAACUACAUUAAAGUGGGCCCAAAACAGAAUAUGGACACUCAAUGAUCUCGUCAAAAAAGAUUUAGCAUUUCUAUGGAUUGUUCCGUCUUCUACAUCAAGUGUUAAACAAACUGGGUGUUCAGAUGCAAUUAAAUUAUUGAAUGCGGAAUUAGUCGAAAUUGAUGCUAAUAAUUAUAAGACAGAUUGGAUGGCACCAUAUUUAAAAGAUUUUGCCGAGAAGAACGGAGUUCCAUUUGCUGCUUUCAUGAAAACUCUGAGAAGCGUAAUGUGUGGUGUAAAGGUUGGACCACCUGUUGCUGAAAUGAUGGAAAUUUUAGGAAAAGAUAGAACAUUAUUGCGACUGCAGCGCUGUGUUUCCUGAGAAUUUACACCAUAUUGCUUAAUUGCAGAUUGAUUAUACCAGAGAGGAAUCUGAGAGCGGUCAUCGCGUCGUUUUAAAGUGUUUUCAUUCAUCAGCAUACAAAAUGUGCAUAUUGAACUACGUAGUCAAAUAUCUACGAAUCCCGUAAGUAAUGUGCAUGACUUUUUGGGUCUCUUCUAUGCUAUAUCUACGUUUAUUUGGUUCUGUUUUAUACCCGUAAAUUUUACAAUUAUAUGCAUUCA